AUGUCCAACAGCGCCAGGGAACGCGACAACCCCCCGCCGCGGCGCAAGUCCUGCACGGCCUGCAUCAAGGCCAAGCGGCGCUGCGAGUACGCCGGCGCGCCCGCGUGCCUGCGCUGCGCACAGCGCAACGUGCCCUGCGACUAUCCCCCAGCGCAUCAGCAGAGGGCGAGCACCACUACGCAGAGGGUGGCGUCGAUGCUGAGCGCCCUGGCGGAAGACCGCACCUUGCUGGACGCCGCCUCCGCCAUUCCGUCUUAUGACGGGGCACAGGACGACUUGGAUGCCCUUCUGGCGACGCCUUUGGGCAUGGACGUGCCCUCAAUUGUGGAUGUGGAUAAGAGCAACAGCUUUCAUUUCGGCAGCCUGGACGGGUUCGAGAUGCUAGGGGGAGACCUAAACAGCAAUGCAAUGGGCGGCCUCUGCGGGCUUGAGCCCUUGUCCGGCAGCAGCACAUACAACAACAGCAACACCAUGUACGACGAAAACACGCCGUCCGUAGCGGAAGACAAUUACGUCCCCGAGAUUGACUUUCUAAAGGAGGCGCGGCAGCAGCACAUGGGCACCUUGAUGGCGCCCGCGGCGCAGCAGCUCGAGUACGUGUCGACCAUGAUCCGGGAGCGUCUCGAGUUUGCCGUCGACCUCAUCCGCACCGCGCCGCGCACCAUGGUCGAGGCGCUCGAAGCGCCGUGGUCCCACCGCCUGCUUUACAAGACCGACAUGCCUUGCUCCAUGCAGGACGCCCUCGGCGCCUGCGCGCUCUACCUGGCCAAGAACCCCGUCAACACGCCCGUCGUCUUCGGCCUCAUCGACGCGCGCGUCACCGCCCUGCUCUCGAGCCCUACCCCUCCGACCCUCCGCCUCGCGCUCGCGCACACGCACGCCCUCAUCCUCUACCAGGUCAUGCGCCUCUUUGACGGGGACAUUUCCGCGCGCGCCCGCGGCGAGCGCCUCAUCCCGGCGCUCGAGGCCGCCACGAUGCACCUCCUCUCGUUUGUGCGCUUCGACAGCGAGCUGCUGCGCGUGACGGACCUCGCGGCCUUUCCCGUGCAGCCCGCGCGCGAGCUCUGGCACGACUGGCGCCUGCACGAGAGCGCGCGCCGCACCGUGCUCAUCACCUUUUACAUGCUGCAGGCGUACCGGGCCAUGGCGGCGCCGGCGGGGCAGCACGCCGGGGCGAGGUGCGCGGCGCUGAGGCACUCGUGGACGCUGUCGCGCGGGCUCUGGCACGCCGAGAGCGCGGUCGAGUUUGCGAGCUGCUGGCGCGAGGGCAGGUGGUUCGUCGUGACCAACGGUCGGUGGGAGGACACGCUGAGGCGCGCGAGGGCGGACGAUGUCGACUCGUUUGGCAAGAUGUGGAUCACGGCGCUGAUGGGGAUUGAAGAGACGGAAGGGUGGUUCGCGGCCAAGGGGGGUUCGCUGAGAGAAAAGGACGCGGCUGCGGCGCCGGCGCCGGCGACGAUGGUUUGCUGA